AUGUACUCGCACGAACGCGGUGAAGAUUCCGGUGGUGGAGGCGCCAGCAACGAGGAAAUCAGGGAUGAGUCCCAAUCUUCGUCAUCUACACUCAAUCCGAAGCCGAACGCACACCCUUCGAGAACGCGUACUCGACCUGUCCAGUACGCCCGCCUGCCGCCCGAACGAUCCGCCAAGUUCCUUGCAGCAGGAGAAUACGAUCCAUACAUGCCAACGCUGCCUCCGAGCCAAUCCUACUCCGACAAGCUGCGCGAGAUGGCAGAGACGUAUAUAAGAGAGGAAAACAAGGUUGCAGCAGUGCAUGAAUGCGAAUAUACACCACGCCAACUCGAAGUGGGACCCGAAAUCAAGCCUAUCCAGUAUCUUGAUGACGCCAUCAACUCGGUAGCCAACACAGACUCUGGUCAUCCCACCCCCGAACUAGAGGAUCGGCUUCUUCGGUGGACCUAUAGUCUCCUGGAUGCACCUAACUUCAAGCAGUUCAGCUUCGUCAACUCGUUUGAAGAACUCUUGCUGGCUCUUAUGAAGCUUCUAGAGGACAGCAUUAUUCUGAUUCCUCGUGACCUCUAUCACUACACCUACAUGUCAGAAUUCGUUCUCAAAUACGGAGAGGAGCACCACUACGAUGCGUUCGAUUCUGCUCAUAAGGAUUUGCAGCUGAAGCUUGCUCAACCUCCCAGUCUUAUCUGGGGCCAACGACACGCUCGGUCGCAACAAUCCGAUCUUCAAGGCUGGAGACUUAUAAGGCAUGAGGCCCAAUAUCGGGGAAAGUGGACGGUAUUACAUAUCUGCUCGUUAAAGUGCGCUUCUCAACUUACGACAUCUUGA